UUUGCUAUAAAUAGGCAUAGGUACCUCCCAUUGAAACCACAGCACAACAAAGCUAGCCAACCUCAAAUAACCCUUGUUAUCUCUCUUUCAUUCUCACUUGUACUCAUCUCUUUUUCACAACUUCUUUUGUACCUUCUGAUCUAAUGGCAGUUCCAGUGAUUGAUUUUUCAAAGCUGAAUGGUGAAGAAAGAGCCAAAACUAUGGCACAGAUUGCUAAUGGGUGUGAAGAGUGGGGAUUUUUUCAGUUGAUCAACCAUGGUAUUCCAGAGGAACUCCUUGAGAGGGUGAAGAAGGUUGCCUCUGAGUUCUAUAAGCUGGAAAGAGAGGAGAAUUUCAAGAACUCCACAUCAGUGAAGCUACUAAGCGAUUCAGUUGAAAAGAAGAGCAGCGAAAUGGAGCAUGUGGAUUGGGAGGAUGUUAUCACUCUCCUUGAUGAUAAUGAAUGGCCAGAAAAAACACCAGGAUUCAGGGAAACCAUGGCAGAAUAUCGAGCCGAGUUAAAGAAAUUGGCAGAGAAACUGAUGGAGGUGAUGGAUGAGAAUCUUGGCUUAACAAAAGGAUACAUCAAGAAGGCACUGAAUGAUGGAGAUGGAGAAAAUGCCUUCUUUGGCACCAAGGUGAGCCACUACCCUCCAUGUCCCCAUCCAGAGCUCGUGAAGGGUCUGCGAGCUCACACCGAUGCAGGAGGCGUAAUCCUACUCUUCCAAGAUGACAAGGUUGGUGGCCUUCAGAUGCUGAAAGAUGGGCAAUGGAUUGAUGUGCAGCCUUUGCCAAAUGCCAUUGUCAUCAACACUGGUGAUCAGAUUGAGGUCUUGAGCAAUGGUAGAUACAAGAGUUGCUGGCACAGGGUUCUGGCCACACCAGAUGGGAACAGAAGAUCAAUUGCCUCCUUCUAUAAUCCUUCAUUCAAGGCCACCAUAUGUCCUGCACCACAACUUGUGGAGAAAGAAGACCAACAAGUAGAUAAAACUUAUCCUAAGUUUGUUUUUGGUGACUACAUGUCUGUCUAUGCUGAGCAGAAGUUCCUUCCCAAGGAACCAAGAUUCCAAGCUGUUAGGGCCAUGUGAGAAAAGCAACUUGCUUUCGUAUAGAAAAUGCUUUUGCGCUUCCCCCCACUUUUUUUUUUUGAAAAAAAAAAAAACUUCAUCUUUUACUUUGUUUUAAGGGUCUUGGUACUAUAAGACAUGCUUGAUAGUAGAAAAGUAUACCAUUUGGUUAUCAUUCUCUGCACGGAUUUCUCCAGAAUAGAAAACCACCAUGGGUAUUAAUUAGUCUUCCUUUUUCUAGAAUUUUGCUUUAUCUUUCAAUGUUAUGGGGGGAGCUAGUGUGAAUCCAUCUGUGCUUGCAUUGUACAAUAGUUCUUUCAAAUAUAUUCUACUCUAAAGUUGUCCACCAUAAAUUUCUCUU